AUGCCACUCCUUCGCCAGGCCAGAGCAUCGCACUCGCUCUCUGCUGCUUGUCGUUCCCUUCCCAAAUGCCGCUGUAACUCGUCACUGGCCACCCAACCACGUCAUGAGCCGGAACACUCGGAUUCUGCGCCGGUCGCGGGCCCAAGCAACGCGAACGCGUCCAGCAGCUCAUCCAGCGCGCAGCGGAAGCUCGCUCCUUCCGUCUCUCAGGAAACAAGCGUAGUAGAGCCAUUCUCGCGCGUCCAAACCUACUUGGCCACCAUCAAUGCUUCAGGCAUCGAGCCAACGCGUUUUGACCUUGAUCGGUAUCAGCCGGAACGUCCUCAUGUUUAUUCGCCCAAGUAUGCCGAGGUCUACAACGCCACCCUCAACACUUUGAUGAGGUCCUUCACGAAGGAGCAGUUGCGGAAGUUUCUCGUGCAAGAGCUGGGCACGAGCAGGCAUUGCUCGACUAGUCGCAAGAAGGCAGACUAUGCGGAGUCUAUCAUGGAGCAGCUCUGGAAGUGGCCCAAGCUGGCCGACGUGGAGCAAGCGAAGCGGGAUAAAACGGAGGUCGUCACUAACGAGCUGCCCGUCACGGUUAGCCAGCUUUUCCUGAUCCUGGGCAAGGAUGGGAUGGACCUGAAGCGCAUGUCACAAGACUUCGAUGUGCACAUUUCGCUGAAACGCCGAGGCAAGCUGUUAGCUUUGCGAGCAGAGGGCACGCGGAGCGGCGUGCGAGAGCUCUUCGAGCAUAUUGCUGUCAUUGGCCGAGUACGCUCUAUCAUUAUGUUUUCUGCUCGUAGCUGA